AUGCUCUUCAUUUGUAGACGGACAGUGUGGAAGAACAAAUGGGAGAUGACAUAUGUAGGCCCCUCACAAGUGCUCGUCAAACCUCUAGCUGGUUCUGGCCCAUUUGGCAGCAGAGGUGUAAUUCUCAGAUCACAGUAUGGCUUUGAGAUUCAUGAUGUCAGGAUAAUGGGCAAGGAUAGAUACUUAGUAGCAAGGACCAAUGAAACAAUCUUGCUUGGAGAUUUACAUAGAAACUUGCUUAGUGAAGUUCAUUGGGGUGCUGAACCAGGCACAGAGAAAUUCUAUUUUGAUAAUGAAAAUGUCUGCAUGAUCUUCAGUGCAGGAGAACUCUCAUUGGUUGAAUAUGGCAACAAUGAUAUUCUGGGGUCUGUGAGAACUGAAUUCAUGAACCCACAUCUGAUUAGUGUAAGACUGAAUGAGCGUCGUCAGAGAGGCAUUGAGGACAACAAAAAAAUGGCUUAUUUAUUAGAUCUGAAGACAAUAUGUAUGGUGGAUCUAGUCUUUGGCGUAACAAUUGGUCAAGUUACUCAUGACUCUCGAAUUGACUGGCUUGAACUGAAUGAGACGGGAACACAACUUUUAUUCAGGGACAAAAGGCAAAGACUACUGCUUAUCAAUGUUGGUUCAUUACAGAAGACAUCUAUACUAAAUUACUCAACUUUUGUACAGUGGGUGCCAGGUAGUGAUGUGGUGGUAGCACAGAGUCGAGAGCAACUUUGUGUUUGGUACAACAUUGAUAUUCCUGAGCGAGUCACAACAUUCCAAAUCAAAGGAGAGGUCGUGGAUGUGGAAAGAGCUGAUGGACGAACAGAGGUUAUAGUACAAGAUGGAGUUCAAGAGUUGUCUUAUGCACUUGAUGAAGGGCUUAUUGAAUUUGGAACAGCUGUUGAUGAUGGAGACUUUUUGAGAGCCAUGAAUUACUUGGAGUCACUACCUAUGACUGCUGAGGCAGAAACAAUGUGGCGUACUCUUGCCAGGCUUACACUAGAAGGAAGGCAACUGUAUAUUGCUGAAAGAUGUUUUGCUGCUUUGGGAGAUGUAUCCAAAGUGAGGUACCUGCAAGGCAUUAACCACAUCAGGCAGCUUAUUCAAGAAAAUUCAGGUGAAGAUGGGGUGAACCACCAUGAAGUGCAGGCUCGACUAGCCAUUCUGGACAAACAGUUCAAAACUGCAGAGAGCAUCUAUCUGGAUUACAACAACCUGGGUGCUGCUAUGGAGAUGUAUCAGGAGUUGCACAAAUGGGAUGAAGCUGUUCAGCUGGCUGAAGUUAAAGGACAUCCAGAGGUGGAAUCCCUUCGAAGAGCACACUUGCAGUGGCUUCUGGAAACACACCAAGAGGAGAAGGCUGGACAAAUGAAAGAGGCUGAAGGUGACUACAUGGCUGCCAUCAACAUGUAUCUUAGGGCUGGAAUGCCUGCAAAAGCUUCAAGAUUGGUCUCUAGUGUUGAUGAGCUGCGUGAUGAUCCAGAUCUAGUUGGCCGCAUUACCAAUGCACUUCUCAAAGUUGAAUUAUAUGAGCAGGCAGGAGAUUUGUAUGAGAGGGUUGGACAACCCCAAAAAGCCAUGGAAAGUUAUCGAAGAGGCCAGGCUUAUUACCGUGCAGUAGAAUUAGCCAGACAUCAUUUCCCUGGAGAGGUGAUUAAAAUUGAAGAAGAAUGGGGUGACUUGUUAGUUUCUAACAAGCAAGCAGAUGCAGCUAUAAGUCAUUACAUUGAGGCAGGACGUACACUCAAAGCACUAGAGGCAGCAAUCUCUGCUCGUCAGUGGAAAAAGGCAGUCCAGAUCAUAGAAGUGAUAGAUGAUGAAGUUUCACUAAAACCUCAUCUGCUGAAGCUAGGACAGCAUUUUGCAUCUCUAAAUGACCUUAGGAGUGCUGAAAAGUUCUAUGUCAAAGGUGGCAUGUACAAAGAAGCUAUUGAGAUGUACAACCAAGCAGGGGAGUGGGAAAGAGCUCACCAGCUUGCCAGUCGUCACAUGGGUGCAGAUGAAGUGGCGGUGAUGUAUGUGAACCAAGCACAGGUCCUUGAGGGCCAAGGAAAAUUCAAAGAAGCAGAAAAAUUGUAUAUUUCUGUGCAUGAACCAGAUCUUGCCAUUACUAUGUACAAGAAGCAACGACAGUAUGAUCAGAUGAUGCGGCUUGUAAGGGAAUACCAUCCUGAUUUAGUGCAGUCAACCCACUUACACCUUGCUGGGGAACUAGAGCAAGAGAGCAAUUACAGAGAUGCAGAAAAGCACUAUGUUGCAGCAGAGGACUGGAAAGCUGCUGUCAAUAUGUACCGCAGUGUUGAUAUGUGGGAAGAUGCAUAUAGGGUUGCAAAACAACAUGGUGGAGCUAAUGCAGGAAAACAGGUUGCUUUCCUGUGGGCUCGCACACUUCGUGGAGAUGCUGCUGUGAAGCUUCUAAAUAAAUUUGGGUUACUUGAACAAUGUAUUGAUUAUGCUUGUGAGAGUAUGCAGUUUGAAUUUGCCUUUGAACUGGCUCGCACAGCCAUGAAGCAAAAGGUUCCAGAUAUUCACUACAAGUAUGCUAUGGCAUUGGAAGAUGAUGGCAAGUAUGGUGAAGCAGAGUCUGAGUUUAUCCAGGCUGGGAAGCCAAAGGAAGCUGUGCUCAUGUAUGUCCAUGCUCAAGACUGGGAAAGUGCACAGAGGGUUGCAGAGGCCCAUGAUCCAGACUCUGUUGGUGAUGUCUUAGUUGGACAAGCCAAAGUGGCGUUUACAGAGAGGGAUUAUCCACGUGCUGAAGCUCUACUGCUGAGAGCUCAAAGGCCUGAGCUGGCAGUCAAGUUCUAUAGGGAUAGCAAUCAGUGGACUGAAGCACUGAGAGUAUGCAAGGAAUACCUCCCACAUAAGCUGAGUGCCCUUCAGGAUGAGUAUGACCGCACAGUGCUGAGCAGAGGAUCACAAGAUGUUGAGACUCUCUUGAACCAAGCUCAACAAUGGGAGGAGGCUGGAGAGUACAACAGAGCAGUGGAUUGUUACACUAAGGUAACUCCACACAUGAGCAAUGACAUUAGCCUGCUAGAGAAAGCUUGGAGCAAGGCAGGAGAACUGGCUGUCAAAUUUCUUGAUGCAGACAAGGCAGAAGAAGUUGCACGACAACUUGGUCCUCGUUUACUUGAGAUUAAGAGAUACAAUGCAGCUGCCCAAUUGUUCUUGGCUGGAGACUUGAUCAAGGAAGCCAUAGAUGCCUUUAUAUCUGGACAAGAAUGGAAGAAGGCAAAGAAUGUUGCAAGAGAAUUAGAGCCAAGGUAUGAAACCUAUGUUGACUCAGCCUACAAAGACUUCCUGAAGAAUGAGGGCAAGGCUGAGGCUCUUGCUGAUGUUGAUUUAACAGGUGCAAUUGACAUGUAUGUGGAAAGUGGCCAGUGGACCAGAGCAUUAGAAACAGCAGCAUCUCAUAGUGCAGAACUUUUGCACAAAUACUUGGCUAAGUAUGCAACCAGUAUGAUCAAGAAUGGUCAGGCUCUUGGAGCAUUGGCACUAUACAAGCAGUAUGGUGCAGCUCCAUUCUCUCAGAACUUCAAUAUUUACCGCCGCCUUGCCCUUGACAUGAUGAGCAUGCAUGAGCUGUGUUCUCCCCAAGCCUAUCGCAACUGGGCAGACUUACGAGAUAUGCUGCUGUCUCUGGUUGACAAUUUGAGGCAACAUGAAGAUACAGAUGGAGUGCAAGCAGAAUUCGAGCAACUCUUAAUACUAGCACAUUAUAUGGCUGCGAGAUCAGCAUACAUGGCAACCCCACAGUUAGACAAACUGGUUGCUAAAGUGGCAGUUUCCUUAGUGAGGUACACAGAUGUUCUACCUGCUGAUAAAGCUUUCUAUGAAGCUGGAAUGUCAUGCAAGAAUGUUGGAUGGGAAAACAUGGCCUUUGUCUUCUUGAAUCGAUUCCUGGACUUGUGUGAAGCAAUUGAAGAGGGCUCGCUAGAUUCUCUUGAUCACACAGACUUCUUAGACACUGACAUUCCCUAUGAGAUACCCUUACCAGAAUCCUUGACAGUACCUGAACCUCUGAGAGAAGAGGCCAAAGAAUGGGUGUUGGCAGUGUCUAUGGAUCAAAGAGUGGAACAGAUCUUACCAACGGAUGAGAGGGGAGUUUAUGAAGCAUCACUUAUUGGUGCUGACAAUUCUAGGUUCCCAGCCUGCGUUAUUUCAGGCUACCCAGUAAUAAGGAAUCGUUUGGACCUGAAGCGUGGCCAGGCAGCCAACAAGGAGGAUUGGAAUAAGCUCAUUAUGGCUACGAAAAUGUCCAGUUCACCAGAGUGUCAGGAUGUACUAAAGUUCAUCACUGCCUGGUGUGGUGGGCUCCCUGGCAUGGGAUACAAUUUUCAGUAAUGAUUCUUGUGAGAACUCUGCUUAGAUUUUUUGCUUUUAAUUAGACUGUUACUCACAAAUUAUCCAUAAUGAAAACAUGAACAAGUGUAAACAAUGUUUAACCUAUUUAGAUUUAUUUUUUCUGUUUUUGACUAUAUAGAUAUAUAUUGAGUGCACAUCAAAUUAUUAUAUAUUCUAAAGUCAUAAAUGAAAGUUCAUUUCACUUUGACUUACACAGGGGUAAAAGUUGAUAAUAUAUAACCAAAGAGUUCUAGUCAGAUGUCAUACGAUAAGGGUGGAAUUUAUUUAUUGAAAGAAAUAGCACUAAAUAAAGGAUUCAUUAAUUUCAUGUGAACACCGCAACUAGGAGUAAACAUGUAUGCCCUCUACUAAUCACAAAUAUACACUUUGAUGCAUUAUUUUACAAUAAACAAAGUCAUUAAUUUGUGCAAUAGUACUGCACACAUUUUUUCAAUAAGAUGUAUUAUAACUUAUUGACUAAUGAGAGAUAUGGUUUAGUGUGUAAUAAGUGUUAUUGUUAGAUGUGUAAACAUUUAUAUUUUGAAUUGGCAUGUUACUGUUUACCUUUGUUUCUGGAAAAUUAAUCCCAUGUUGCCAGAAAAAUGUAGUAGUCACUGGAAUAUUUUUUUCUGAAAUGUGGAUGAGUGCUUAGCAACAAAGUAGUCAAUUAGAAGAUUGUGUAACCUGAUUUCACAUUUCAUUAAGUUCUCAAUGCAAUUCUUAUAAUUAUAGACAUUAUAAUUAUUACCAUGUUAUUGAUAUUGCUAACAGUAAUAUAAGAUAAAAGAAUAUUUUUCUGAAAAUCAAGAAAAAGUGUAAACAGGUGAUAUAUAUAGUAUUAGUAAUGGGCUAAGUGCAAACUGAAUACUUGUGGAGUCAUUGAUUUGUAGAGACUCCUGGUGGGCAUGGCAUGUACAUGCAUGCCAUCCCUGGCAGCAUCAGGUUAAGUGCCCAGAAUUGGAAGAAUUGUUGUGAGGGAAAUUUUGUGAUACACAUUUUUUCUUUUGCUAUAUCUUAAUACCAGUAAUAUAUAUGAUUUAACCAUAUUCAAUUUGCCUACACUGACAAUAUAGUAAUGAUGUAAUGCUAACGUUCAAGCUGAAUCCGUCCAUGCUAUCUAAA